UGUGUGCUGCUGUGAGAAACAACGGGGUCGAGGAGCGUUAUGAUGGACCCGUGUUGGAUGAGCUCGUUGGUCGUCUCCCUCCGAUGAUUAAGCUGAUGUGGGGCAUACACAGUCUUACGUUGUCAAAGGUCAACCUGGCUGCAUUCGGAAAGUGGAUGCAAACCAUUAAGCAUGCAGCCCAAGCGGUAACGAGCCCUGCAAAUCUUAUCGAACCACGAUGCAGUAAGUAUUUGCACAUGCAUACUACUAAUCCCUCCUCGCAGAACUCCACAGAAGCCGUUUGUGCAUGCGAUAACGGCUGCGCUCGCUUAUACGAAUGUGACGGAUACUGGCAGAAAAGCGUAGCAGAUCGCUGGGACAUCAUUAAGCGGAACUACUUGUGUAAAUGUUGUUUGAAAAAACAUCGUGCGCCCUGUAAAGAGACGAGAGUAUGCGGCAAAGACGGAUGUACUGUAAAACACCACCCGUCACUACACAAUUCGGCAGGUAAGGGAAGACACGAAGCAAAUUUCUCUCACUCUACAGCCACCGACGAGAACAUACUAUUGCGAUACGUGCCAGUUGAGCUGCAGGCUGUAGGAAAGACGAUCAGAACAGUUGCUUUUCUCGACGAAGGAGCGUCAGUAUCGCUAAUCGAACAUUCGCUAGUUGACGAGCUGGAACUUGAAGGGACAAACCGACCUCUUUGUUUGAAAUGGACUGGAGGACAACAUCGCACUGAACGAGAUUCAAAACAGUUCUCUUUAUAGACGUAGUGCAUACAUGGACGACGACGGUAUCUUACGAGUACGAGGAAGAAUCGAUGCUUGUCGUUACGCAAGCCAUGACAUGAAGAGGCCAAUUAUUCUUCCCAAAAAAUCCUGGCUCACCGAUCUGAUUGUAACGGAGUACCACUGGAAAUAUAAACAUCAAAAUCAUCAAACCGUAAUGAAUGAAGUGCAGCAAAAGUUCGAUAUUCCUGGCCUACGAAGCGCGUGCCACAGAGUGCGAAACAAUUGCUUUAGAUGUAGCCUUCGUAAAGCUUACCCUAAACCUCCAGUGAUGAAUGAGUUGCCGUUAGCUCGAGUGUCGCCGUACGCCAGACCGUUCUCCUACACAGGGAUAGAUUACUUCGGACCUUUUUUGGUCGCUGUUGGACGGAGACAGGAAAAGCGCUGGGGUGUGCUGUUCACGUGUCUAACAAUACGGGCCAUACACAUAGAGGUGGCUCACAGCUUGAACACCAGCGCUUGCAUCAUCGCUAUUCGCAAUUUUAUCGCACGUAGAGGGACUCCGAUUGAAAUCAGAACUGAUCGUGGGACUAAUUUCGUUGGCGCUGAUCGUGAGUUGAAAGAUGCGGCGAAGCAGAUAAACACCGAGGAGCUGAUAGAUGAAAUGUACCUCCCCGAUACGACGUGGAUAUUCAACCCCCCCGGAGCACCACAUUUCGGUGGUGCAUGGGAGAGAUUAAUCCAAUCAGUUAAACGCACCCUCUCCGGCAUGCAAUUUACCAAAACACCGACAGAUACCGUUUUCGCCAAUUGGUUAAUUGAAGUAGAAAACAUUAUCAACUCUCGCCCACUAACACAUGUAUCGGUUGAUAGUGAGGAAGAAGCCGUGUUAACGCCAAACCAUUUUCUCUUGGGUUCAUCUUCUGGAAUAAAACCAUUAACAUCUCUUGAUGAUUCUUCCGCAGCCCUCAGGAACAACUGGAAGAUGUCACAACUGUACGCAGAUCAAUUUUGGAAAAAAUGGUUAGCUUCUUAUCUGCCUACGCUCACCCGUCGCAGCAAAUGGUUUGAGACCCAGCCGCCAUUGCAAUUAGGAGACCUCGUGCUGAUUGUCGAUGACGCCCUACCAAGAGGAUGCUGGCCUAAGGGAAGAAUCGUACAGCUCGUACCUUCGAAGGACGGAACAACUCGGCGUGUGCACGUACAGCUUGCGAACAAAAAGAUUAUAGAGAGACCGGUAGUAAAAAUCGCUGUAAUAAACGUAGAACCGCACGAAAGAGUUUAA